AAUAAUAUCCGACAGAAGCUGAAACAAACGCAUCCUAAUAGCAAUUAUUGUCAUCCAGCCAACCGACCAAACAAAUAAACAUCGUGUUUUGUUUUUUGUCUAUUUGAACGAAUAAUUUGCAUCACUUGUCAAAAAAAAACUAAAAGAAGAAGGAAUUUUAACCAAAAAAUCACGAUGCUCAACAAAUUAUCAACAUUAAAAUCAUCACAAACGUCAUCAUCAUCAUCAUCAUUGUCGUCGUCGUCAUCAUCAUCGACAGCAAAAAUGACCAAUAAUGGACAACAACAACCAUUUAGCCGAUUCAUGUGGAUAUUUGUAUUGGCUGUAUUGGUCACUUAUUUCGGUACAUCAUUUGCAUAUCCAGCUAAUGUUGGCUUAAUGAUGACAAGGAAAUAUCCUGUAAAUGUUGAAGUAGAAAAUCCCGAAGAAUUAAUCAGUACAUUGGAUAAUUUGAUUCAAAAUAUUUUAGUUGGUAUUGAUUCAUCACAUUUAUCAUCAUCAUCAUCAUCGAAUAAUAAUUUACAACAACAACUUUCCGAUAAAAAUUCUGGACCAAAUAAACGUGGAAUUGAUUUGGGAUUAUCUCGUGGAUUUUCCGGUAGUCAAGCUGCUAAACAUAUGAUGGGUAUGUCAGCUGCAAGUUUUGCUAAUGGACCUGGACGACGACGACGUCGUUAAUCAUAUUCAGAUCUCAUCUAGAUUUAACACUUAACACGCAAACAUUGACCAAAAAAAAGCACGCUAAAACUCAAAUUGUAGAAAUGAUUAUUGUCGGAAAUCACCACCAAAAUAAUAAUAAUCAUCAGUAUUAUCAUCGUGGUCAUCAUCAUCAUCAUCGAAAAAAUGAAAUUAAACCUCUCUCUCUCUCUCUCUUGAUUGAUUGAUCUUUGCUGUCGUUGAUUUUAAACACCAUACACCAUACACACACACACACACACAAACCUAUCAAUCAUUUAUCUGGUUUUGCAUCCAAAAAUUAUCAUUUUGCGAAAACAAAAAAUAUGAAAAAAUUAACCCUCCGUUAACUAAAUAAAUAAAAAUGAAUUAAUUUACCAACCCGAAUCAUAGGUUAUUGAUUCAACACACACUUGCAUCUAUUUGAUUUGAUUUCUUUAUUUUCUUGCUGUAAACCAAAAAACCAGAAAAAACAAAGACUGAAAAAAAUGA